AUGAAUCUCUCUCUCUCUCUCUCUCUCUGUCUCUCUCUCUCUCUCUCUGUCUCUCUCUCUCUGUCUCUCUAUCUUCCAGGAGAGCGUCCCUUCCCCUGCACCUGGACUGACUGCAACAAGAAGUUUGCCCGUUCGGAUGAGCUGGCCCGUCACUACCGAACCCACACCGGGGAGAAGAAGUUCAGCUGCCCGCUCUGCGACAAGCGCUUCAUGCGUAGCGACCACCUGAUGAAGCACGCUCGCCGCCACUCCGAGUUCCAGCCCGCGAUGUUGAAGCGGCCGUACGGGUGUGGUGGAGGAAUGGGCGGAGGAAUGGGGGGAGUAAUGGGCGGAGGGAUGGGCGGAGGGAUAGGCGGAGGAAUGGGUGUGGUCGGGAGUACUACACGCCCCGGAUCCCUCAGCGACUACAACAGCCGCUCCGACUCGUCCAGCCCCACCCUAAGCCCAAGCCCCACCCUCAGCCCAGCUAACUCGCCUUAAAGCCCCGCCAAACAGCACUUUCAGGCUCUGCCUCCAACGCCCUGAUUGACCCACCCACCCACUAGACAAGACACACACCCACAGACAGGACAGGACUCUUUCAGUCUGUUUUAGGCCUUUUCCACCACAGGGUUUGGGGUUUCUACAUCGGUGCCCUGUGGAAUGUCACAGCCCACAACAGCAUUGCAAUGGAAAUAGGCUAUUUAAACUUUUUUUUUUUUUUUUAUCAUGAUGGUGGUGUUAGACUGGAUCCUCUAGAGGAUCACGCUGGAGUCUUUUUACCACGACAGGUGGUGGUAGAAGGAAUCCUUUCAAAGAACUUGAUGCCUCGUCCCUUGUUCUAACGUCUCACCCUAACUUUGACUUCAAUGGGACUACGCCACAACCCCAGCAGCUACUCUGAUUCGUUAUUUUGUUCAGUAGGGUUCCUCUGAUUGGCUAUGGUCCUAAUUGGGACCUCCCCGCCCCUCCUCCUUUCCAAUGCUUUGUCUGCUUGCUGUAUUGUACUGUCUUCUACAUCAUGUACUAUACUGCCUAUUGGAGAUCAAUCCUUUCAACAGCAAAGACAACAACAUAACAGAAUGCCUUUCUGAUUACAAUAUUUCCAUAGUAUACAAAUGUACCGUGUUGGCAUUGUCUCUUUGAGAAGUCUCAUUGUCCACAUUGUUUAAUAUUGUUUCAUUUUGGUUGUGAUACUUAAAGUUAGCAGAAUCAGCCAAGAAAGAACACAGAACGAGAUAUUCCAUAUUGUAAAUACUACAUUUAUUUGAAAUUGACGAAAGGAGAGAUUUCCAUCUUCAUCCUCAGGAUUAUAAAAAACACACAGUUUCAUUUAUUUUUUUUUAUUUUU